UGUUACUUGGAAACCACCAAACAGGGCAAAAAAAGUGAAGAGCGACGAUAAGUCAAAAGAAUGGACAAGUCGAGCGAGGGAAAUGUGGAGGAGACAGACAAUGGAUGUGAAUGGGAGAUGGCGUCUGACACCUGUGAACUGACGGGCAACCAGCUUAGCUCUGAUGAGGACACCGAUGGCAAUGAAGAGGAUGAUUUUAAGAUGGAUGACUUUAAGGAUGAAGAAGCAGAUGAGCUUCCUGAUCUGGAGUGGUUAAAAGAAUUGUACGAAGAGAAUGAUAGUGAUGAUGACCUUGCCAGUGAGCAAGGCGAUGUCAAGCAGAGGACAUUUUUAGAGACAGCACGGAUGUUCAAGCUGAGACGGAACCUGCACCAGCUGGACAACUUCCAGAGACAGAAGGAGUGUGCGCUCCUGCAAGCCAGAGAAGAUCUCAGCCUCUUGCGUCAGAGCAUUGAGAGUCUAUUGGAGCAGCGGGAUGUGUUGGAGCGAGAAAUAGAACAUCAAGAAGCAGCAAAGAACAGCGUGGCAGUUAUUCGUUUGCGGGCUCAGCAUAAGACUCUGUGUUACAAGCUGCAAAGGGAAGAAGAAAUUGAGGCCCAAACCAACAAUGAGCUGAGGCAACAAGACUUAGAGCUCAGUGAGAUUGAGCUGGAGGUUGGCAAGUUCUCCGUGUUGCGGAAGGAGGUGCAAGAAGAAGAGCGGGUCUUCAAGGUCCACAAAGCUCAGAAUGCAGUCAAACGGCUACAGCAGGAGAUGAACAACAGCCAUACCCUGCAGCUAAAGAUUCAACAUCUCAAAAAGAAAAAUGCUGACAUGGAGAAAACGGUAACUUUGAGCCAGAAGGAAAACGAAGAUGUCCAGGAAAACUGCAAAGUAGGGGCCAAGUACUUGAGGAAAACUGUCUUAAGAAUGCAACAGCAAGAAGCUGAGAGAGAGCAGAAGAAGAGAGAGUCAAUGCAAAAGAGAAUACAGGCUGUCAAGUUACUGAAGUCCAACAUUGAAGCAACCCAAGAAAACCUGCGGGUCAGACAGAGCCGAGCCAAAGCAAACGCCUUGAAGAAAGAACGGCAAGAGAAGCGUCUGAAAGAAACGCUACAGGCCCAAGGCAUCAACAGCACCAGGCACAUAUACCAACAGAAACAAGACGAGGAGAUGAAACGAAAGCAAGAGGAAUUCAAGGAGAGACAGACGACGAGGAAAAUCGAGAUUGUGGACAAGCUUCUUGAGGAGCAGCUGGUGAAGAGUAGAAAAGCACAAAAGGCACCUUUGCCAAAAACCAAAACAGGAUACAAGAUCCUUUCCCCAGCCAAGAUACGCGAGAAGCUUCUGCGUUACCUGGAUUCCGUACACCCAUCAGGCACAGAGAGAGAGACAAAAUUAAGAAACUUGAGUGCUAGCGGCUCAUCAUCAGAUUCGGACUACCAGGAAGACAUCAUCCAAAAAGAAAUGCAGCACCUGAGCCUUCCCGACAGCCUGGAAGAGCCCGAGUUCUGUGGGCUGUGGGAUCAAAACUUCAAGCCCCCCUUGAAUGAGAAGGCAAGGCUGACGCCAACAGAUGUGAAACAAGAACAUGCAGUGAUCUGCCCAAAGGUCACGACAACUCCCAAAAAAGUUGGUGGAAAACAGAUAAAAGGGCCUUCAUUCACGAGUAAGCCAGAAGUCAUCCUGUUCAAGGACUUUGAAGUGGGGGAAACCUACAAAAAGAAAGUAGUCCUGACUAACAUCAGCUAUAUUACUAAUCACUGCAAGUUUCUUGGGAUCUCUGCUCAACUACAGGAUUUUAUUAUGAUCAACUUUCAACCUCCUGGUCCUUUAUCGACUGGGAUGUCCUGUGAAAUGCACAUUACUUUCCACCCUUCGAUCAAUGAAGACCUUGAAGGAGAGGUUGACUUUGCCUCAGCAGCAGGUCGCUUCUCUGUGCCUGUCAGAUGCACCAUCAAGAGAUGUGAUUUGGAGGUCGACAACCAGUUUAUUGACUUUGGUUCGCAUGUAGUGGGCCAAAUUAUUUCGCGGACUAUCACCUUGACCAACAAGGGCGCCCUCGCAACUCGCUUUAGCCUGGAUACUACAAAGCCUGUUCCAGAAAUUCACCAGGUCCAGAUGCCAUCCCAUCGCUCGGCCGACACACAGCAGGCCGGACAGACAGACACAUCCACAGUCAGCACAACAUGUGCUGAUCUGAGCCAGACUUCUGCGUCCAUGAUCACCAGGGAAGUGCACAGUAUGGAACAUGUUUUGACCAGGUCUACUGUAACCCAGCAAUCCCAACGAGAAUCCCGGGUUUCAAGUCCAGCUCCAAGAGCUGCUCCUGUGUCUUCCAGCAUGCUCCCCCAGAUCCCAGAGGGCCUGUCUGACGCCUGUGACAUACGUAUAGGCAACGUAAGAGAAGGAGAUAUUGGACCUUUUGAAAGUGUCAAACUAGAGCUAAUAUUCUCCCCGACUGUUCCUGGAGAAGUCAAAUUGGACCUCUACAUCAAGUUUUCAGAUCCAACAAGCUUCCCAAUCGCCAUCCUGGUGAAGGGUGAGGGAGCAGGCCUCCCAGUGUGGGUGGUGGAGCCGAAUAUUGACAUGAAGAUCUGCAUGUUUGACCACCUUUAUCAAGAGGUUGUCACACUCCAAAGCAGCACCAGCACAGCCUUGAAGCUUACUUUUGACCUGUGGCCGGAGAUGAGGAAACACAUGGAGAUCAUACCAAGGACAGGCUUUCUCCAGGCUCAGUCAAGCUUCACUGCUCACCUUAAGUUUGUGCCAAGAAACACCUUACCCCAAGAUGCUGGCAAGUAUUUUGACAGUGCGACUGGCGUAUUGGAGGUUCCAAUGACAGUGCAGGUUGCCGGGCAGGUGCAGCCUGUCAUUUACACGGUCCAAGCCAUUGUGACUUCGUCCGACUUGAAGUUUGGCCAGAGUGAGGUGGAUUUUGGCUAUUGUUCUAUCUACCAGUCAUUCAAAAGCAGUGUACGCCUGACCAACAUGUCACUUCUACCUCAAGAGUUUGGUUUUGUUGGCCUGCCAGAGUUUGUUGACGUUCAACCUAAUGAUGGCUUCGGCACGCUUCUCCCGCAAGAAACACUGGAGAUUGAUAUCAUUUUUAGUGCUAGCAAAGCAAAAGAGUACCGUUUCCAUCUGAGCUGCAAAUCAGGAAUCAACAGAGUUUUUCCCCUGGCUUGCCGUGCCAUGGGUGUCUGCCCUACGUUGGCGCUCUCCCAUUCCCUGGUGCAGUUUGGACCCACAGCAGUUGGCGACCAGUCCACCGCUCUCCUUUACCUCACCUAUAACCAAACUGUCCCAAACCAGUCCAAACAACGACCCUCUACUGGGGCCUUGCUGUUUUCCUUCACCCCACCUCGAGACUCCAGCAUCAGUAUCACUCCUGCUGCAGGACGCCUGCUACCUGGCAAGAGGUGUUUGGUCCUGGUCACAUUUAAUCCCAAACUUGAAGACCGCAAUAUCAAGGAAGAGGCCUUGCGUCUCCUCAGAGCCAAGCAGACCAAAGCAGACAUUAAACAAUUACUUGAAGAAGAGGCUAAACGGGAGGUGGAGCCCAGCAAAGGGAAUAAACUGUCCAAGAGCAGCAAAUUAUCAAAAGUUUCUGCCAAAACUGCAAGCCCAAUAUACACGUCACCGACCGACAGCAUCGACGCAGGAGGUCAGAGGUUCGAGGAAGCUAGGGCAUCUCUGCUGCACUCCUUCACCUCACGCUACAGUGAGUACACCAUCCCGUGUUUUGUGUCAGAUGGUGACCCUCCCGAGGAGGACAGGCAAGCUCAGCCAACGUGGAGUCCUCUCAAUACAGUCUACUUAAAGCUCCAGUGCCCUGCUGUACAGCCCCCUCUAGUGGUGGUAUCCAGCAAUAUUAGAAAUUAUGCCUUGGAUUUCCAGCAAGUGGCAGUAGGAGAGAGAGUGACGAAAAGGUUUUCGGUCAAGAACAUUUCGGCGGAAUCUCUAGAGUUGAAGUCAUCAUUGCUGGAUAUAUAUGGACCCUUUUUACUUCUUAACGCUCUCAGAGGGAUAGGACCCGGAGAGCAACACACCUUGGUGUUGGCCUUCUGUCCUACGUUGGAGAAAAAGUACUGUGAGACUUUGGAAGUGCGUUGUCAGAAGAUGACCCUGGCUGUGACUCUGCGUGGGGAGGGCAUAGUGCCGGCCAUCACCUCCUCCCACCCUGGAGGGCUCUUGGACUUUGAUUAUGUGCUGGAGAAGGAGAGCACCUCACAUGUCCUGAAGCUCCAGAACAGCUCGGCUGUUGCAGUGGGAUUUAAGGCGAUGUUGUACAGCCUUUCGCCCUCCAAGACUCAGGGUGCCGAUGAAGGCGUGGCCCUCCUCUUGGGUGGUUACACGGACUCCAAGAUCCAGCCUGUUGUAGGGACACAGAACCACAAUGGGCUUAGUGUUUUCAGUGUUCUGCCAGUGGAGGGAAGCAUUGCCGCGAGACAAAGCCAGGACGUUGUAGUCACAUUUCACCCUGAUCACCCUUCCGUCAACUAUUCUGAUCAACUCACCAUUGAGCUUGUCAAUAAGAGAAAAUUAUGCGUACUGGAUCUGAAAGGCGCAGCGUCGUCCCACAAUAUGUAUCUGUGUGGAGGAGAUCCACUGACAGUUCCUGUUGAAUCCCUUCUUCCGCCACUAAUUACGAGUCAAACUCAGCUCGAAGGACAGUCAUCGGACACGGAAAUCCCUGUACUAGUCACCCUGCGGGCCAGCUACAGCAUGGGGACCAUCAGACCCGCAGUUAGAGAGCUGGAAGUAGGCUGCAUACGGGCCACUAAGAAGGGGAGUGAGUUUAACUGGGACAACAUGGCGUCCCUGCAGCAGAAGGGCUUCGAUGUGGAUCCCAGCAAAGGCAAUGUAGAGGCAGGCACCAGGCGCACCAUCAAGCUCACCUGGACCCCGCAGAGUGGACACAAGCCUAAUGAAGUGGUGAAGAUGUGUGUGCCUCUCGCAUUAAAAGGUGAUGAAACGAGUGUGUACAGCGUCACUCUCUUGGCUUUAGUCUCCACUCAUUUGGACUGAUUCCUUGGAUUUUUUUUUUUUCCAAAGAAGUAGCUCGGUUUUCGAAGGCGAAGCGAAAGUCAGAACAGCAGUAAACCACAAUAUGUUGCCCAACUUUUGUUUUUACACUAGAAAUUGAAAACGAAUCUUGAUAUCAUGGAGUGUCAUCCUACACAACUGCAGAUUGAAACAAAAAUAAUAAACAUUAAGAAAUCAUUGUAAAUGUUGAAGUAGAUCUUCUGUUGGAUAUGAUCAUGUGCACAACCUUUA